UGUGCAUCAAUUUAGCUUUCGUAUAAUGGAAUCGGAAAAGCGUAAUAAGAAGAUACAGAGUACCAUGAAAUCCUCGAGGAAAUAUGCGAAAGGGAAAUCUAACUUCAUAUUUGAAAACAAAUCGUGUGUGGAAGACGUAGGCCGAUAUCUUGAGAAAGGGGCGGAGUGUUUGAAGUCAAAAUCAGAUACACAUGCAGACGAAUCACCAGCGUUACAACGGGAUGAGGGAGAUGGAGAGUCUGUUCCUGAAAUGGCCGUGGAAGAUACAUAUCCUGCUAGCAGUAAUAUGACCUGCGUUUCCACAGUGCAAAGAUUUCAUGUCAAUAUAGAACUGGAUAUAAUGGCUGUAAUGCUUUUUCUGGCAGGACUUGCAACACGCAUGUAUCGAUUAGAAGAACCUCGCAGCAUAGUUUUUGAUGAGCUUCAUUAUGGAAAGUACGUGAGUCUGUAUAUGAAAAGGACAUUUUUCUUUGAUUCUCAUCCACCCUUUGGAAAACAACUAAUAGCUGCUGUUGCAUAUUUAGCAGGUUUUGAUGGACAGUUCAAAUUUGACCGUAUUGGCAGUUCUUACUCAGAAACUGUUCCUUUAUUUGCACUGCGACUUGUGCCAGCAGUGUGUGGAAGCUUGAUUAUUCCCACCACAUACCACCUCAUGUUGGAGCUUGGCCUCACACAAUGGACUGCAGCUCUGGCAGGAUUCCUGUUACUUUGUGAUAAUGCAAUGUUGGCUCAGUCCAGAUUCAUUCUGAUGGAGUCCAUGCUGUUGCUAUUUGCUCUGUUUGGGCUGUUGUGCAUUUUGAAGUUUCGACGUUAUCACUACCAUCCAUAUUGCCUGCAGUGGUGGCUGUGGCUUAGUUUAGGAGCUGCGUCUCUUACCUGUGCUCUCUGUGUGAAGUAUGUGGGAUUCUUCUCAUGUUGCCUUGGUGCCUCUGUUGUGGGGCGUGACUGCUGGCGACUUUUGAGUGAUCGGCGGCUCUCGGAUGGUGCUAUUCUUUGUCAGCUUUUAACUAGACUCUUGGUUCUGACUGCAAUCCCCACCGCCAUUUACCUAACUAUCUUCUACAUUCACCUGGCUGUUCUAAGUCGGGCAGGUCCUCAUGACAGUGUCAUGACCAGUGCUUUCCAAGCUAGCCUAGAGGGUGGGCUGGCAUCCAUCACAAGAGGGCAACCUCUUGAGAUUGCGCAUGGUUCACAGAUAACUUUGCGACACUCACAUGGCCGCACAUGUUGGCUGCAUUCACAUGCCCAUGUGUACCCAAUACGAUAUCCUGACAAGCGAGGCAGUUCACACCAGCAGCAGGUGACCUGCUAUUCCUUCAAGGACGUCAAUAAUUGGUGGAUUGUGAAGCGGCCACAGCGCAAUGACUUGGUGGUAUCGCAGCCUGUGGAUGCUAUCCGUCAUGGGGAUGUGAUACAGCUUGUGCAUGGAAUGACCAGCCGUGCACUGAACUCACAUGAUGUUGCAGCUGCCAUGUCUCCACAAAACCAGGAGGUGAGCUGCUAUAUCGACUACAAUGUCUCUAUGCCAGCUCAGAACUUGUGGCGUGUUGACAUCAUCAAUAGGGAUCAGGUUGGAGACAUCUGGCACACCAUUGAAUCACUUGUCCGACUUGUACAUGUCAACUCCAGCCAAGCACUCAAGUUCAGUGGUCGCCAGCUGCCUGACUGGGGUUUCAAUCAACAUGAGGUUGUGACUGAUCGUAUCCUUCAUCAGGAUGAUACUGUUUGGAAUGUGGAGGAGCAUCGUUAUACUAAAAAUGAGGAUCAGAAGGAUCGGGAACGAGAGCUUGUGAAUGCAGAGAUGAUCCCAUUACGACCUACCAGUCUCAGCUUCUGGGAAAAGUUCCUUGAGCUGCAAUACAAGAUGCUCUUUGCCAAUCAAGAGAAUGUCCAAAACCACAUGUACAGCAGUGAGCCUCUGGAAUGGCCCUUCAUGGCCCGUGGCAUUGCCUACUGGGUCAGUCCACACAGCAAUGCUCAAGUACACUUGCUUGGAAACUUGGUGGUGUGGCUAUCAGGGUCUGUUAGCCUCAUACUGUACAGCAUUUUACUGACCUUCUACCUGAUUCGCCGACGUCGCCACUGCUAUGAUCUCACCCCAGACACAUGGUACAGGUUUGUGGUUGUGGGUGAAGUAUUGCUGUUGGGGUUCCUGUUCCAUUAUGUGCCCUACUUCUUUGUGGAGCGUACAUUGUUUCUACAUCACUAUUUACCAGCCUUUACUUUCAAAGUGCUACUAAUGGCUGCUCUUGUUGAACACUUGCACCACGUAUUUUGUGAAACAUUAUCCUGGCGUCUGGGCUUGGCAGUCUUUAAGCUUCUAGCAGGAGCAUGGUUGGUAGCCGUGCUGGUUGUUUUCCGGCGGUUUUCUGUUUUAAGUUAUGGCACGAUUCCACUAUCAGCUGCAGAUAUUCUUCGGUUGCGGUGGAGAGACUCCUGGGACUUCAUUCUUCAUAGACAGUGAAUAUGUGUAAACACGGACAAACUACCUGAUAAGUAAUUCUCUCUUUUAGUAAUCACUGUCUCAUCAAAAAUACUCCAGUCACAUCGCAAUGAUGGCCUUGCCCUAGGGUUCCUGUGUUUACAAGUAUAGCAUACUACAGGGUGUCCAGAUGAGAGGUAUCCAGGAUAAAAUAAUGAUAUUUCAGAAAUCAUUUAUUAUACACAUUUAUGGGUUACACCAUUACAAAUGGGAACUAUCGAAGUUUUUUCUAAAUAUAUAACUUUCUCAGUAAAUUUCAAUGUUGUCCCCCUUGGUGGCAUGAAAAAUAUCCGGAUGAUAUUCAACCUUAUUCCACAUUGCUUGAAGCAUGUUUGAUGUUACCAUAGCCACAGUGUCCCUUAUACAGACUUUCAGGUGUUGAAUGUCAUUGAUUGUAACCUGGUAGAAAAUGCUCUUCACAUAACCUCACAAGAGAAAAUCGAAUGGGGUUAAAUCUGGGGACCUAGGAGGUCAAGCAAUUGGUCCACCUCUGCCAAUCCAUCUCCCAGUCAUUUCUCUGUCCAGGUGAUUCCUAACAAGGUGGCAGAAAUGUGGUGGUGCGCCAUCUUGUUGGAGGAUAGUUUUAGCAUACAGCUCCAUCAUGUCCAAAUACAAAUGUCCGAUCACUGUCAUUUCCGAAAAGAAAAUUGUCCAAUCAACUUUUCAUGCAUUGAGCCGGUCCACACGUUCACUUGGAGCUGCCUCUCUCCAACUCACAUGUGACAUACGGAUUUUGACUCCCCAAAAUCCUGCAGUUGUAGCUAUUUACAACUCCAUUGACAUGGUACAAUGCCUUGUCUGAGAAGCACACUUGGCAGAGGAAAUCGGGUGACGCUUCAAUUCUUUCUAGCAUGUUCACAGCAAAGUCUGUGCGUGCUACUUGGUCACUUGGUUUUAGUGCAUGAAUCAUUUGAAUUUUGUAUGCUCUUAGGCAGAGCCUUUUGUUUAGCACAUCAUGCAAUGUUGAGAUACAAAUUUUUUAUUUUGGAUACCUUUCAUCUGGACACCCUGUGUAAAGAACACUUUUCAUUUCAUCUCUUUAUUUUGCAUUUUAUGUCAUUUAUCUUUUGAAAAUGUCAGCAUUAAUUAACAGAAAACUUGAUGGUAAAUUAUUAUACUUCUAGUGUAAUGCCUAUUGAAAAUUUAUAUUGUCACAAUUUUAGAGACUAUUUACAGGAUUUGGUUUGGUAAUUGUUAAUUGAACACUUACAGAAGGUAACUACAAACAACUACGACAGUCUCAGUGAAUUACACACUCCAAAGAUCACUGUAACCACAGCAUACAUAAAGUCUUCUUAGUUUGCUAUGUCUUCACCAGUCGUUGCCUGGUGACAGAUCUCAACAGUGUCCUCUGCUUCUUUGCUCAUGUUCUUACAGGCUGGCAACUGUCUUGUAACUGACUCAUUGCUCCAGCUGUCCUGCUCUUAACAUCUCAGCACAGGCUGCACGGAAAACACCAUUCCUUUGUUGCUGUUUCAAAUUACACAUGCAGCUGAGAGUAAUGGCUCUUGUAUAUUUGCUUAUCUUACGUUUGUUGUCUAGUAAUUGGUCUACAUGAUACAGUAUUAAAUAUAAUUUAAUUCUAACAUUCAGUUCUUGAAAUAUUUCCGAAUUUGUAUCGUGAUCUGGAAGUAUCAUUGUCAUAUAUGCCUCAUAUAUAUUAUGCAAAUCCUACCAUGUACUAGUUCAGUGCCUGUACUUUGUGAUGAUUCUGUUAAUGGACUGAUGCCCAUAUUACAUAUAUUAUUUUCAGCCCCUAGUUAAUUUAUAUGAUAUUAUUGUUGAAGAACUCUGUACACUUCUUCCUAGAGGCAGUUUUAACUAGCUCAUCAGUGUCAUAAUGUUUCCCCAUUCUUCUGUUAAGACUCACAUGUAAAUUUAUGCUAUUUAUGGAGCAAGAUGUCCCCCCCCCCGUUGUUUUAAUGUCAGGGUUGUUCAUCAGUCUUUACAUAUUUAAAACAAAAACAUUUCCACUUUAUGAAAACCUCUCCCUUGGGAAUGUUUCUGUAGAAUAGUACAACACUUUUGUCAUAGCUUUUCAGCCAUGUCUUAUCACACCUAACCACUAGCAUUUCACUGUUAAAUUUUAUGCAUUCAUUUACAUUCAGUGCAGACAUUGUGAAUGAUUACAGUCACUUUCCAGUGAACACAGCUGCUUUGGGGCAUGUUUUCUCAAGGUACUUCCCUUGCCUUGUCAUAUUUAACAAAUAUUUCACUAUGUUUACCCAUCACUUGUAUCAUAAGAAUCACUCUAUAAGAUGGGCAGUUAGGAUAUGUGUGUGAAGUGAAUGACAAUUUUAUGUACACAGAUCUCCUGUUGGUUUUUAUGUUGCACUUUUGUUUGUACAGUGCAGAAGAACUAUAAGGCAAACAGGCCUUUUGAAAUUGAAAGUGUUCCCCCUUCCCUCAAGUGAUAUAUUGUGUAGCCAUGCCAGUGAAACAUUGCAUAUAAUUUGAAACCAGAAUUAUGUUUCUAUAUUAAAGUUUUAAAACUUCAGCUUCCAGUAUGUGGACUUCAAACGCUCAUGCAAAUACAGUCUUUGUAAUGCUGAUCUAACAUACUUUGUAUACAGAAAUUUGGUGAAAGGUAUUAUAAACUAAUAAUUAUUUUUGUAAUAAAGAAUAACUUUUUUUUUAUAAAUUCUACAUGUA